GUAAACUAAACAAAAUGGCGGUCCCCGCGCAGCCACUGCCCGGCUAUUUCUACGACGAGCUGUCCAAGAUACGAGUCUUGGAGCCCGACACGGCUCAGACCACGGACGAGUUGAGGGAAGAAUGCAAGGAUUUCGUGGACAGGAUUGGGGAAUUUCAGAGCCUAGUGGGCAGUUUCAUUGGCAUGGUUGACGGCCUGGCGCAGGAGGUGGAGAAGGAAAAGAUGAAAGCUAUUGGAGCCCGGAACCUCCUCAAAUCUAUUGCGCGCGAGAGAGACUCUCAGAAGCAGCAGCUACAGGCACUGCUCAUAGAGAAGAAAAUGGAGCUGGAGAGAUUGCGUGUCCAGUAUGAAUCAUUGAAGCAAGUCGAGCAAGACCAGCAGGAAAUCACGGAAGACUUUGGCCUCAAAUGACAAUACACCCACAUAUUAUACACGUGCACUGCCUCAAAAUUUUCAUGAAAAAAUCUAACAGACAUACAGAUACACUGACUGAAUCAGGGAAAGAGCCUGAUGUUAUGGUACGUAGUGAUGGUCUGGCAACACACACAGAGUGUCGGUAGAGAGAAAGAGAGCGAGGGGGAGGGGGGCUGUCACUAUCUCAGUUCAUCUUCAGAGAGGACUCCGUCAGGGGUCCCAGGGGGUCGCGGAGGCGGGACACGAGGGAGAGAGGGGAGGGGGUCUGUGUAGCCGAGAGGGGACCCAUCCGAUCGUUUCUCAUACAACAUUAUGUUGAGAGUUUCGUCCAGGAUCUUUUCGCCUCAGGGAACUCUAUCUUGGUGUGUUUACGGUCCGUGGCGUAGACGAUAGACUCACAACAAACUUCAGCAAUCUUUUUAGCGUGGCCGUAGAAAGCCCAGCAGCAGAUCUCUCCCCUCCCGACGAUGUCUUUGAUGAACUUGAUCCUCUGGCCAAACCGCACCGACAGCUUGUC